GAAGCAAACAACGUUUAUUCUAUAAAUUUUUUGCGAUUUUUAAAUGAAAAACUUAAUUUUUCAUAAUUUUUUUAAAAUAAAAAGUCAAAAAAAGACCUUUAAAAAUUAAUUUUAUCACAAAAACUCAUCAUCAAGUCGAAAAUUCAACAUAAAAAUGACUGAAAUCAUCACACAAGACACUCCAAUGUUAACAAUCGACGCCCUAAUUCAUCUUUUUCAAUAUUUAGAAGACUUUGAUGACCUCAAAAAUUGCUCUCUCGUAUGCAAACAGUACCUUCAAGCAACUCAAGAACCAAAAAUCCUCAAAAGAUUCAAAUUAUGUUUCAAUUUUGUCUCUAUCGGCAGUGAUGAGGACUCAUGUUUGUCUCUUUUCGCCAAAAGUGACCGUUUAUUCAGCAACAUUUACUUCGAAAAUGCCAAAUUUGUCAAAAUUGAUCCGGAUUUUUGGUCGCGUUGGAGCGAAAGUAUCACCGAACUCACUUUUGACUACAAAUUUCGUACGCCAGAUUUGCCGGGAGGGAAUUUCUUGAAGUUAUUACUUUACACACCGAAGCUGAAGACAUUGAGUAUCAUCUGUUCGUUACAUCUUUGCAACGAUUUCAUGAAAAAAUUGACUGAAGAAGAGCGAAAAACCGUUUUUGCCCAUUUAAAAGGCGUUCAAGAGCUGAAUUUAUACUUUUCUGAAGUUUGUGUCGAUACUUUGGAAUUCGAACCAUGGCUCGAUGAGAUGCCAAACCUGAAAAAUAUCGAUUUUGAUUUUUAUUCGAAACGAGCUCCGAUUCCCCCGGCAGCUUAUGAGAAGAUUUUUUACUUUCUCGAGCGUUACGGGAGCAAAGUGAAGGGAUUGCACAUUUGUGAUCAUGCUCGUCCCGUGAAUAAAACCGUCGUACAGCGACUUCUUGCCAUCAAAGACUUGAAAUUGAAGGCUUUUGAUCACAUCAUCAAUAAGGCGACUUCCAAGGAAUUCACGGAUUUUCUUUGUACGCAGUCAGAAUUGCAAUAUUUAACAGUAAAUGGGUCAUUUUCGGUUAGUAGAUCAUUCAAACAUAUGCCAAAGUUGAAAGAAAUCGCCAUCGUGAAUGGCCCAGCAUUCGAUGGAUUUGCUGAAUUUAAUAAUGUGCCAAAGUUACAGUCGCUUGGCAUCGGCGGAUUUGAGUUUUACGACGAAGAAGGACUCAAAGAAGACAUUCAACGACGAAAAAGAUUGGCUGAAGGCACCAAAAGACGUCGAAAAUGCAACGAAAAUCAAUUAAAAAAUUCCGAAGAAGAAGAAUUUGACUACAAACUGAAGCCAAAUCCAAAUUUAAAGGAACUUUCCUUAAUCGACGCUUGUGUCAGCUUCGAAAUUCCUCUCGUGCAACGCCUUUGCGAAUGUUUUCCGAACCUCAGACUACUGAAUCUCGAUGCUGCCAUCAUCGACGACGAAGCCUUACCGUUCAUUUUUCAACUAAAAAAGCUCGAAGAACUGAAAUUAAGCAACACUCAAAUCUCGGAUGCGGGAAUUUUGGGUAUAAAAUCCUCAAAAUCGCUUAAAAAGCGAAAAUCUAUCGACGAAGAAGAAAUUUCUUCGACCAAAAAUUUAUCAAUUAACGCAUUGACUGAACUCGAAGUGCUGUGCAUCGAUUUUUGCAAGAAAAUAACCGAAAAAUCCUACCUCGCCUUGGAAUUCAAGAAGUUGAAGCACUUGAGCGUUCAAGGCAACCACAUGACAGCACAAAUUUUCAAGUCUCUCGGCAAAAAAUGUCCCACAAUUGAGUCAAUAAAUCUCUCGAAAAGUAAUUCCAUGAGGGAACAAGAGACAGAGGCGCUGGCAAAGUCAAUAUCUGGGUUAGAAACUCUUGAGUUGCAGUCCUGCGUGAAUUUUAAUAAGCGAUGUUUGAUGAUUCUCAUGGAAAAUUGCCGGAAAUUGGAGACACUUGACGUUACAAAGUGCGAUUGUGACGUGAAAAGUGUCGCGCAAAAGAUGUUUCUUGAAAUUAAGUCGCUUCGGAGGAUUAUGUUGGAUAAGGAACGGCUCUACAGAUGCAAUUACAUCCAAAAUGAUUAAUUUUU